AGCAAACCAAAAUACACCCGUCGGUUAAUUGUGCCCAGCAAGCCUUGCUGCCCCCCAGGAUAAUCUUGAGGUCUGAUGCCCACAUCAGGACGGACAAGAACUAUCGCUAGGGAACCAUUUUGUUACCGACUUCCAAGGUGGACUUCGGGCAUGAUCACCGUGUUUCCUCAGAUACCGCUGCAAUGACCGACUCUCAUGGCGCAGAGCGCAAAUCGCACGACAGCAUACAGGCAACCCCCCUCGCAACGGCAACACAGACAGAGGACGACUCGAACACAAUGAGACAAGUCGAACGAGACAUGUCGUCCUUUCUCACGGCCGAAGGCUCGGUUGUGACACCGCUACUCCUAGGCUACCCAGGAAGAGAAAUCUCGGGGGCUAAAACAGACGGGCAUUGCUGGGCUGGCGACUUCGACGAGCCUGACAUUAUUCCGUAUCCCGACGAUGUCUCCAAGACUGAGUUCUAUCAACACCCCCUGGCCCGCGAAAUGGGUCGCUCUGUGGAACAGCAAGCCCUCCUAGGCUUGGUUAUUCCCAAGGAACUUCGAAGCAGGGACCCUGUUUAUGAUUACGACACCGGAUCCGAGGAGACUGGCGAGCUGCCACAAUCCUCAAGCGGGACCAGAAGGUCGUCCUCCAUGUCCAUUUCCCGAGGCUCCAACAUGAUGGUCAAGGUCAAGAGCCAGGUCCAUUUCGACAAAUAA